GACAGUGACACUUGAACAACGAGGAGGGAUGGAGGCGCACAUAUCUUCCCCCUUGUUCUUGUGUCUUUUUCUUUUAUCCAGUGUAUUUGUGAGGGUGACAGUUAGUGACAGACAUGGCCACACAUCCCAGUACCUGACUGUGCGGAGGGAGAAGGAGAAACACGGCCCGGUUGUCAUUGAAAAAGGCGAAGAUGUUAAUGAGGAAGAAGAUAUUUUGCCAUUUAUUGAAAGAUCAUCUGAUGGUGGGGAAGGUUUCAAGUCGAGGAGAAAGAGAGACGUGCACCAUGAUUCAGUGAGGCUGCCGACGCGUAAUAUGUCGCACCUCAAUGACAGCCACCAGCAAGUAAUGAUACAGUGGGCCGGUGAAGGGAGUCCUGUCAUUAUCUGCCUGAUGCGAAAUGCCAUACAGAGCCCCGACUUGCCAUCCACUAUGUUCAUCUCCAAGGACUAUGGAAGCUCCUACCAGAAUAUCUCCUAUAAGUUUCAGUUGCCAAAUGGAAAACUUGCCAUUAUCAACACCUUCUAUAAUAACAAGAUCUUUCGGUCAAGGUUUGUGUUUACGGACAUCAUCAACAGCUACAUAUUCGUCACCGAUGAUUACGGGGAGACGGUUAUUGGCUACAGGGUUAACUUCACUCCAUCUGAGGUCAUGUUUCACCCUGUUGAUGCUGAGGUCCUUAUCGUUCAUGACACCAAGGACUUGGACCGCACACUAUGGGUGAGUGAAGACUUUGGAGACGGGUGGCGGAGCAUUGGCUAUUACGUGAAGUCAUUCUUUAUCAGCGAGUUCACUUCUCCUCCUACUUUGUACAUUGAGAGAAGGAAGACGGAACUCUCGACUGUUAUCUCCUCUCAGAAUCUCUUUAGUGGAGAUGUUGCGCCCACCCCCGUCAUUGAGGCCACCCUGGAGUUUGAGGUCAAGGAUGAGUUUCUCUUUGCUGUCAAGAAAUCACCGAUAGCAGAGGAUACACUGAGUCUCUUUGUCUCCUACCGUGGGGGCAAGUUCCACCAGGCACUGUUCCCCAAUAGCAUGAAGCACCAGCAUUAUUAUGUGGCUGAUAUCUCUGAGGGGCAGGUGAUGCUGUGUGUAGCUCACAAGGAGUUCCUGUCCAACCUAUAUGUGUCGUCAGUCCCCAGGUCUCCAGAUCAUCCUGUCAAGUUCUCUCUCUCCCUGGAGCGCAUUGUGUUCUUCAAGCGCUCCCCCACCUGGCAGAACACUUGGCUCAGUGAAGUGGCUGACAAACCAUUUGCUGACCUGCACCAAGUAAAGGGCAUUCGAGGGGUGUUCAUUGCCUCCCAACUGCUGGCUAACAUGACAGGCACCAAUGGCACCAGACGGCACCACAUAGGACCUGAGCAUACAGUGUCUUACAUCAGUUUUGACCAGGGUGCCCAGUGGAAACCCCUGCAGCCUCCUCUCACUGAUGCUGACGGAAACUUCAUUGACUGUAAGAAGAACAAGAAAUGUUCCCUGCACGUGGGUCAGUUGUUCAGCAUGUACGACCCCCGCACAGAGUUGUCACCAGUGGUCAGUAAGGAGAGUGCGCCGGGUCUCAUCUUGGCCACCGGCUCUAUUGGGGAGGCAUUUAAAGGUUACACUGCCCUCUAUGUCUCUGUGGAUGCUGGUAUCAACUUUUAUCAGGUGCUGAAAGGGAGUUACCGCGCUGCUAUUGGAGACCACGGGGGGAUCCUGGUGGUGGUGCAGCACUUCAGGACGGUUGGGGAGAUUGACACGCUCUAUUACUCCACUGAUGAUGGGGAGACCUGGAAACCUUUCAAAUUUUCUGAUGAGAAACUUCGCAUCUAUGGUUUGCUGACAGAGCCUGGAGAAAACACAACUAUAUUUACUCUGUUUGGCUCAAAACCUGAAAAGCAUCAAUGGAUCUUUGUAAAGGUGGAUAUGCGGCCAGUGUUCCAUUACAACUGCACAUCGGACGACUACAAGCAGUGGUCUCCGUCAGAUGGCCGCAGGAGGGGCACGUGUCUACUGGGGCGCAAGCAGGUGUAUGAGCGCGUCACACACUCCAACUGCUACAGUGGCGUGGCCUAUGACAGACCCGUGUCCAUCGAGAACUGCCCCUGUGCCCGUGAAGAUUUUGAGUGCGACUUUGGUUUUGUCAUUGACGAGAACACCCAGAAGUGUGUGAUGGAUAAGGAUGCCAUUGUUGACCCCUAUGCUGUCCCCAGCUCCUGCAGUCAUCGGGGCUUCUAUAACCGUACUAAGGGUUAUCGCCUGGUCCCAGGAGACACCUGUGAGGGCGGCCGUGACUACCAGUACAACCCCACUGUCACUGUUUGCCCUAUUAGUGAAGAAAAUGUGUUCCUGCUUGUUUCUGCACGUCAGGAAAUAUUAAGGUAUGAUUUGCUGAACCCAGUUGGUGGAAUGCAACCUUUGCCAAUCCCUCACCUCAGUAUGGUCAUUGCUCUGGACUUUGACUUGAAAAACAACUGCAUCUUCUGGUCGGACAUCAAUGUAAAGAAGAUAUUCCGUCUGUGCUUUGAUGGGUCUCACGAUGUAGAGACUCUGGUGGAGACAGACCUGCGCAGCGUGGAGGGUCUCGCCUACGACUGGGUGUCCAAGAAUCUCUAUUUUGUUGAUGGGGAACGCAAGACCCUGGAAGUGAUUCGCACCGACAUCUCCAACUUUGGCAGAAUGCGCCGGACUCUGCUCGACAGGAAGACACUGGACAACCCAAGAGGAAUUGCCUUGCAUCCCCGCCUUGGAUACCUGUACCUCACUGAUUGGUCGGAGACUUCACCCAAAGUGGCUCGGGCUUACCUGGACGGGAAAAACUGCACGACACUGUUUGGACCAGGAGUGGUGGGUUGGCCCAAUAGCAUCACCAUAGACUUCCAGAAUGACAGGAUAUACUUUGCUGAUGCCAAACUGGACUUCAUUGCAUCUGCUAACUUAGACGGAUCUGAUAUGAAGAAGAUUAUCACAAACAAUGAGAAAGUGUCGCAGCCAUUUGCCGUUGGAAUUUACAAGUCAACAAUGUUCUGGGAUGACUGGGCGGUGGAGCAGGUGUUGGAGGCAGACAAGAUGAAUGGCAAAGGUAUUUCAUCUGUGGCAAACUUCACUCGGAACGGACUGGUGGAUCUGAAGGUGUAUGGCCACUCAUCUCAGCAGGACACUAACAUUUGCGCCAACCAGAGUCAGAUAUGCAAGUACCUGUGCAUGGGACGACCCAACAAUGAGUACUCCUGCCUCUGCCCCGAUGGUCUCCAGCAAAAGUCUGGCUUGUCGAGAACCCACGAGGAGUGUGAAUGUCCAGAUGGCACCCCUGUUGAUAGCAAUGGAGCGUGCAAGACUCAGAAUAGUACAUGUCCUCCUGGGUUCUUCAAGUGCAACAACAACAACUGUAUUCCUGAGAAGUGGAAGUGUGAUAAGGACAAUGAUUGUGGGGAUAACUCAGAUGAGAAUGCACCAGAAUGUGGAGGUCUACCGUGCUAUCCUCCCUACUGGCAGUGCAAGAGUGGCGAUUGCAUUUCUUCUUCCUUCCGCUGUGACUACAACUAUGAUUGUGAUGAUAGGUCGGAUGAGGAGAACUGCCACUACGAUCCAUGCGCUAAUGAGACAUUUCGGUGUGACAAUGGGAAGUGCAUACACAAGCAGUGGCAAUGUGACAUGGAGGACGACUGCCACGAUGGGUCUGAUGAAAGAAACUGCACCAUCAAGAAUGAUUCAGAGUGCAAAGGCACUGAGUUCAAGUGUGACGACGACCGAUGCAUCCCAGCCUCGUGGCGCUGUGACGGCGAUAACGACUGUUCCGACAACUCAGAUGAGAAUGGGUGUGAAUCGUUCUCCUGUGCCGCCUGGCAGAUUGCAUGCAGAUCAAGUGUUAUGAAGUGUAUAUUCAGGAGCUGGCGGUGUGAUGGACAGGAGGACUGUGAUGAUGGCUCUGAUGAAUUUAACUGCACCAUCCCCACCACCACCACCACCACCACCACCACUCCACCAAGCAGUGAGAAGCAGUGCUCAGAGCUCAUGUUCAGGUGCAGCAACGGCCAUUGCAUCCCCUUCUGGUGGCGGUGUGACGAGCUGAAUGACUGUGGCGAUGGCUCGGACGAGGACGGCUGCCCCAGUCACGGAGUGCACGGCAACAGCACAACACAGAGACCACAAACCACAUGGAUUCCUCACACUUGCCAGAAGGACCAGUUUCAGUGCAAGACAGGAGAAUGUGUGUGGGAGUCUUGGGUGUGUGAUAAGGAGAAUGACUGUCCUGGUGCCGAGGAUGAGGAGAACUGUCCAGACAUGACCUGCAGUGGGUUCCAGUGCAGGCGUUCCAGUGGCUGCAUCCACAGUGACCUUGUGUGCAAUGGCAUUAAUGACUGUGCUGAUGGGUCUGAUGAGGAAGGCUGCAGGACCAACUCAACUAACACAACACCUGGCAACACUUGUCACAUUGGCUACAUGAUGUGUGACGGGGGAGCCUGCUUGCCUCUGUUCAAGAGGUGUGAUUACACCCAUGACUGUAUGGACCUGAGUGAUGAGCAGAACUGCACCUCUCUGGAUGAUCAGGUGUAUGCUGUAACUGAGUACAUUGUAAAGAGCACCAAUGUCUCAAUAAAUGUGCAGUGGAAGGUGAAUGACAAUAUUACAGCACCCAAGAUUCUGAAAUACCUGUUGUCUUACACUGUGAAGAAGAAAGCUGGCAAUAAUGUUCUGUGGAAGAACACAACUUGGACAUCUAACACGAGUUUAGAGAUCGGUGGCUUGACUCCUUACACCAACUAUGUAGUGAAAGUGUACAUCAAGGAAGGAAAUGGAACCAAGAUCUUUCCUCCUAUCACAUCUAAACAUAUUAUGACAAAGCAAGGCAAGCCAAGUCCACCUCGAGACGUGAAGGUAGAGAGGAAGGAAGACUACACCAAAGUGACCUGGAAGCCACCUGCAAACCCCAACGGACCCAUCAUUGACUACCAUCUGUACAUUGGUACACGUAAUGAUAAGCGCUCUGACAUUGGAAACCAGACUGAGUUCAAGAUUUAUAAUCCCAUGCCAUCCAGCGGUUCCGUUUGGGUUGUGGCAGAGAACGAGAAGUUUUUGAGUGAUGAGAGCAAUCACUUUAAUCUCCAUAAGAGCAAAGUGGACUCUGUACUGAACGUGAAGGUCAAAAACAUUUCCUCAACUAAUGUUACACUGAGUUGGGAUGCUGUGAAGGAGGUGGAUGGCUACGUUAUAGGCCACAACCAGCCUGAAAAUUUCUAUCAAACGAAAGAUGUUACCGUCAACACUUCUAACACAUCUAUUUUAAUUAAGGGACUGUCACCAGGGACCAAUUACACACUCUGGGUGAGUUCAUAUAAAGAUGAGAUCCUUGGCCGCAAGACAAAAGUUCACAUCACUACUAAGGGCAUAAGACUCCCGCCUGUUGGGUCCUUCCAUGCUGCUGUCACUGAGGAGGUCACCACUGUCAGGCUCUCCUGGUCUGAGCCCUCCUAUGGAUCACAGAAGAAUGUUCCGUGGGUGUAUCGUGUGAUGUGGGGCAGGACGAUAAACGAGUUAAAGCACAGCGCCCACAUGGCCAACACCACCAACACAACCUUCAUCAUCCGAGGUCUGGACGCAUGUGAGGUUUACCGUGUGGCAGUGAUGGUGGAGCAACCCUUCGGACUCGGCCCCAGGGAAGAAACACAGGUUUCGAUGGGUGCUGAUGCAAAGGCUCCUCCCAGGAACAUACAAGCCAGUCUCAACAACAUUACCAUGACUAUCACAUGGAAAGACUCCUGUCCCCAUGACAGCAGUGAUGACCAGAAGUACAGGCUGUUUGUAACGGAGACGAACCGAAACGUGACAUCCUCCUACCAGCUUUUGAGUCAGAAGAACCUCACCCGGUCACACUACAUACAGAUUCACUGGGGUGGCCGGUACUCCAUUCAGAUGAGCACAGCUGCCAACAAUGCCGUCUUGAGUGACCCUGUCAUCUGCAACGGCCCAGAGAUUCCACCACCAUUUGAGCUCACCUACAUGGACAGCUCCUUCUUUUGGCGAGACAGUCCAAACCUUCCCAAAGAAAUAACAUCAAAGAACUACACUUACAUCCUCCACUUGUCGCAUAACUUAAACAUGAGUGAUGCAGAGGUUUACAAGUGCACGAAGCCUCCCUUGGUGGUGGAGACGCUGGAGAAAGGCAAGGUGUACUAUGCUGCCGUGGCCUUGAAGGAUGCUGAUGGCUACCUCUCCCAGUGGUCGCACCACCUCAGCAUUGAGAAACCACUAGAUGAUGAGUUGGUGCUGUCCCAGACGAAUGCAGUGGGUGUUGGUGUGUCAGUAUUCCUUGUGGUGGUGGCUCUUCUGGUGGUGGUUGGAAUCUUGGCUGUCAGACACCGCCGCUUAGCUCGCUCCAUCAUCGCCUUCACCAACACUCACUACGACAGCUCUCAAGGCACCACGCUCAUCACCACAGAUCAUAACCUUGAUGAGGAUGAUGAUUCUCCCAUGAUCCGAGGGUUUUCUGAUGAUGAGCCUCUGGUCAUCGCCUAGUGGCCUUUCUCACAUCAAUUUCAUCCUUGCUUGACAGAUAAGAUAAGCACUGUUAGUGAUUAGCUUAAGUGAUAGAGAUGUAUAUUUUAAUUAUGGUGUAUAUAAUGAUGUAUAUGUUUUAUUGCUAUGUAAUAUUAAUUACAUUAUCUUUUUAUAGGUCAAUGCAUACUACUUCUUAUUAUUCAUCUCAUUUAUAAUGUUUUAGAAAAGACUUUUGCUUGUCUUCCAUCCACAUAGAAACACUGGCUUUCUCUUAGGAAUAGAGGAUGCAAUUUUCUUUCCUCCUCUGUCUUUCUGUGUAACUUUCAGGAUUGAUUCUUGCCUUACAAGAGCUCUGAGUAGGAUUUUUACUUUGGAGACACUAUUUUAUCCACUUAUAUUUUUCUUAGCUCUGCAUUUUAAGGUCCAGAUAUGCUGCUUGCUUGUUAUGGCAAAGCUAGCCACUUUUCAUAUUAUAUUAUUGAAAACAUGAUGCCAUACACAGUAAUGUCUGUGUAAUUCAGAGGUGUCAAAGGUACAGGAACCUUAUGUGGUUCUUUUUAAUGUUCGUAGUCAGGGUCAGAAGUCCUGCUCUCCCACUGUGUUUUGUGCUCACCCUUAUCCCAGUCUUAAGUCCCCAGCAAUUUAGUAUUAAGACCUGACAAUUCAUAUAUUCUUAGUUGAUCAUGUGACUGAAGUGAGAGGGAGGAUACGAGAGACAGUGGAAGAGAACACAGGCUACUUGAAUUGCAGUUUUGAGUGUAGCAAAUCUUGUACCCAAGACAGCCACUGGUAGUGUUUCUACAUGCACAUAUAUCUUAUAACUAGUUGUAUGUACUCAACUAGUGCUUCUCUUAAUUUACCAUUGUGCUGAGUGAUUUAUUGCUGUGGUUAUGACCUGAUAAUGGAGGGCCUUGAAAACAGUAUACAGUAUAUUCUUGAUAAGUGCAUUUUUAGUAUAGCCAUGUCUUGAACUCUGACUUGUAAUAAUAUGUUACUUUGAAGUUCUGCAUGUUGACAUGAAUCAAAUUGUGGACACCAGAAUGUGUUAGGUAAUCAGUUACUCCCUUUGUUCACAGUGGUCUUGAAAUUAUUCUUUGUACUUCACUAAUCUUGUCUAUAGGUUGAAUACAAGUCACUGCAGUCAAAGUAAAGGUUUAUUGGUAACAAGGCACUACAGGGGCAUUAUAAUCAUUCAUGAAAUAGGUAAUGAAGCCGGUCGGUGUAGCCAGAUAUAUUGUUGUACAAGUCACCUAUCAGUGACCUCUGAGAAACAUGUGAUAAAAAUAAUAAUAAAGGUGCAGUAAACACAGUA